UUUUGAAUAUGCUAUGGCUCAUGCUGCGGUUUACUUCUGCGUUUGUCUUCUGCUGUCUGCAGCUUCAGGGCAGAAAAUCCCAGCUGACUCAGGACAGGACGUCACUCUGACAUGUCGAGUUCCAAACAACAACAUCUUAACGGUAGAGUGGAGCAGAGCUGACCUGGAGCCAAAAUAUGUUUAUGUGCACCGGGAUGGGCGUUUUGAUCCAGACAACCAGCAUCCAUCUUUUAAGAACCGGGUGGAUCUGCAGGACAGACAGAUGAAGGAUGGAGACAUGUCUCUGAUUCUGAAGGAUGUGACGAUUAAUGACACUGGAACAUAUGAGUGUCGUGUCGUCCAGAAAGGGACAAGCAACAAGAACAGUGAUCCUGUCUGCAUAGUCACACUGAGUGUUGAUCCUCCAGGGGAACACACCACCACACCUCCACCUACAUCCACCUCUCCUCUUGGUUCCACCUCCAUCACUCUUCCUCCAUCGCCUUCUCCUCCUGUUCUCUCUGUUGUCAUCCGUUGGAUCAGUGUUGUUGUGGUCUACUGGUAUACUGGUUUUGCUG